AUGGCCGACGGAGCAGAGUCCACCGGCUUCCCGGCCCUUAGCUGCGCUGGCCUAUUGCUUAGGGUUGCCUUGCUUAGUCUCUGCUGCUGCUUGUUGCUUGUCGCUGCGAACUUGCUGCUCACUGGGCCGCCCCUCUCUUCCUCUCUCUCUUCUCUCUCUCUCUUUGCUCCUCCACUUCCACUUCCACUUCCACCUUUUCCACUCAACUCAACUCAACCUCCAUCAGCCAUCGCCAUCGCCAUCAGCCACAUCUCCUCCGGCCAGCAACACCUUCAACCGAUAACUAGCUACUCUUUCGACUUCGACCUCGACCUCGACUUCUACCCCUCUAUCGAUAUACCUGCGUGCUUCGGCCGUCUUCAUCAUGGCGGAGUUCGUGCGCGCCCAGAUAUUCGGCACCACCUUCGAAAUUACCACCAGAUACUCGGACCUGCAGCCGGUGGGCAUGGGCGCCUUCGGUCUUGUCUGGUAGAUAUCCCCAGGUCUACGCCAGUACCCUCCUCCUCCCCGCGGGCUAACUCUCUGUGCAGCUCCGCCAAAGACCAAUUGACAAACCAGGCCGUCGCCGUCAAGAAGAUCAUGAAGCCGUUCAGCACGCCUGUCCUAGCCAAGCGGACCUACCGAGAGCUCAAGCUGCUCAAGCACCUGCGACAUGAAAAUGUCAUCAGCUUAAGCGACAUCUUCAUCUCGCCGCUCGAAGACAUAUACUUCGUCACAGAGCUGCUCGGCACCGACCUCCACAGACUGCUCACCUCCCGGCCCCUAGAAAAGCAGUUCAUACAGUACUUUCUCUACCAGAUCCUCAGAGGCCUCAAGUAUGUACAUUCCGCCGGCGUCGUCCACCGAGACCUCAAACCAAGCAACAUCCUCAUCAACGAAAACUGCGACCUCAAGAUCUGCGACUUUGGCCUCGCCCGUGUCCAGGACCCCCAGAUGACCGGCUACGUCUCGACGCGCUACUACCGUGCCCCCGAGAUCAUGCUGACAUGGCAAAAGUACGACGUCGAGGUCGAUGUCUGGAGUGCGGGGUGCAUCUUCGCCGAGAUGCUGACUGGUCGACCGCUCUUCCCGGGCAAGGAUCAUGUCAACCAGUUCUCCAUCAUCACCGAGCUGCUCGGGACGCCACCAGACGAGGUCAUCCAGACUAUCGGUUCUGCCAACGUGGGUGCCUUUUCUCUCUAUUUCAACUUUUCUUCUACAUUCUAG